UCAUGCUGCUGCCAGGUCCAGAGUCUCUCAUGGGUCCCUGUACGGCCUCCCAUUGCUGCUGUCUCCAUCGCCACACUCUGCCAUGUGCCACUUUCAGGUCUCCUCACACACUGCUGGUGUGUUCCAUUUUUUGACAUAGGGUGCUGGCAGAUUACGGGCCUCCCAUAGCUGCUGCCAGGCCCCUAAUCUGCCAUGGGCCCCUAUAUACCGCCCCUCCUCAUGCUGCUGCCAGGUCCAGAGUCUGUCAUGGGUCCCUGUACGGCCUCCCAUUGCUGCUGUCUCCAUCGCCACACUCUGCCAUGUGCCA